GUGGUUGGAGCACUAGACAGUAGGAACCCAUCGGGCGAGGCACGGCAGAUCCAGCGGCCGCGCGCGGGGCAUCCUCUCCUUCCUUGAACGCGUCGACGCUCGCAGCAGCCACCCCGCGAAUCGAAUCGCAACCGACGCAACACACAAGGAAACGGAGCAGGUGAAUCAGCCGGUCAGCAAGCGAUCUCGACGGGCGAUCAGAGUACAUUGUCUCAAGAAACCGUGGCCAUUUUUAUCGCCUCGAGUCGACCGGCCACCGUCCCUUUUAGUUCCCUCCCUCCUACCCCGUAAAGAUUUGAUCUUUUAUCGCAACCGCCCCGGCGGCUCGGUUUCAAUUCUACGCGCGUACGUUCUCCUCUAUCGAUUGUUUGCCUCCGUGCAUCUGCACGCCAAGUUCAACGCCGGCUCACCUCGCCAGCCACAGCAUCUUCUCCUGCUGCGUCGACCGCGCGCGGGCCGCGUGCAUGGCGGGGCUGCAGCGGUCGAGCGAAACGUUCCGCCGGUCGGGCUCGUCCGGGCUGGUGUGGGAGGACAAGAACUUCUCCGGCGAGUUCAAGCCGGCGGCCGCGGUGGAGCGCAGCCGAUCGACCGGGCACGAGCACGGCGGGUACAGGGCGGCCGGGCGCGUGCCGCCAGCGCUCGACCCGCCGUCCCCGCGGGUCGCUGUGUGCGGCUUCUGCAGGCUCUUCGGCGGCGGCGGCAAGGGCAAGGACGGCGGCAAGGCGAAAGCAAAGGGCAGGUGCCACUGAUCUGUACUGUGUGCCAGCAUCGAUCGGAACGUACUCCAUUUGGUAGCUUCUGUUAGUUUCUAUUCUUCCUUUUGUGGGCGCAUUUCGCAUGUCCAGGUAGUAAUAGAGCACAAAGAAUCAUAAUUGAGAUGCUUGUGUAGAGUAGAAGUGAAUAGUAGGUGUCAGACUGUCAGUGCUCUCAUGAAUUGGAUUGUACAGUGUGCUUUAUUUCGUGAGAAAUUGAAGUUACAUGUGUUCUUGUUGCACCA